AUGGAUAAUUUAAAUUUGAAUCUUUUAACACCACUAGCACCGGAAAUUAUUAGUCGUCAAGCUACAAUUAAUAUAGGUACAAUUGGUCAUGUAGCUCAUGGAAAAUCAACUGUUGUUAAAAGUUUAUCUGGUAUACAGACAGGAAAAUUUGGUAGAGAAAAACAACAAAAUAUGACUAUUAAAUUAGGUUAUGCAAAUGCUAAGAUAUUUGAAUGUGAUAAUGAACAAUGUCCACGACCGGGACGAUAUCGUUCGACUGGUUCGAACACAGGCGAUCGGUUUCCAUGCGAUAGACCUGGAUGUGGUGGUCAAUUUCGUCUUGUACGGCAUAUAUCAUUUGUUGAUUGUCCUGGACAUGAUACUUACAUGGCAGCUAUGUUAAAUGGUGCAGCUAUUAUGGAUGCAGCUCUUCUAACUAUCGCUGCUGAUGAAUUCUGUCCUCAACCACAAACAUCUGAACACUUAGCAGCUAUUAAUAUAAUGAAUUUAAAAUCUAUAGCAGUACUUCAAAAUAAAAUUGAUCUUGUUGGACAAAAUAACGCAGAAAAACAACGUAAACAAAUUCUUGAUUUUAUUCAAGAUACAAAUGCUAUAAAUGCUCCGAUUAUUCCAAUUAGUGCACAACUUAAUUGUAAUAUUGAUGCUAUUUGUGAUUAUAUAGUACGAAAAAUUCCUAUACCUAUUAGAGAUUUUACUUCUAAACCAAAAAUGACUAUAAUUCGUUCAUUUGAUGUCAAUAAACCUGGUGCUAACGUUGAUGAUCUCAAAGGUGGUAUUGCUGGUGGUAGUAUAUCUAAAGGUGUUCUUAAAAUUAAUCAAGAAAUUGAAAUUCGACCAGGUUUAAUAUUUACAGAUAAAACAGGUCAAAUUCAAUGUUGUCCUAUUAAAUCAAAAAUUAUCUCUCUUUAUACUGAACAAAAUCAACUUACUUUUGCUGUGCCUGGUGGCCUUAUUGGUGUUGGUACAAAAAUUGAUCCAACUUUAUGUCGUGCUGAUCGUCUUGUUGGUCAAGUACUUGGCGAAGUUGAUACAUUGCCACCAAUUUAUACAGAAAUUACAAUAAAAUAUUUUCUACUUCGACGUGCUUUUGGUGUACAAAGUGGCUCUUCUCAUGAACCUCCUAAGAUAAGCAAAUUACGUGAAAAUGAAGUGUUAUUGAUCAAUAUUGGUUCUUUAUCUGUUGGUGGUCGAGUAAUAUCGGUUAAAAAUGAUUUAGCUAAAAUUCAAUUAACUAAACCAGUAUGUGCAGAAAUUAAUGAAAAACUUGCAUUGAGUCGUCGUAUUAGUGAACAUUAUCGAUUAAUUGGUUGGGGUGAAAUACGAAAAGGAAAGGAAAUUCAACCAAAGAUGAUUAUGUGA